CCCCAGCCAAAUGCGAUAUUACUGCGCUCGAAUCUUGGUCUUCCUCUGUGUCGUCGCCACGCAAUGCUGCCAGGCGGUCGACGUCAAGACACCGAUGGGUUGGCGGGCUAACACUUGCGGGGGCAGUUUCAUUUCCGAAAGCACAGAACUGGGUUGCGCUGUUGGUCGAUGCGAAUGCUGGGAGUACAUUUCCGAGUGCGACAUGAACUACAUGUGUGAAGCGUACUUCACCAACGGCGUCAACGUGUGCCAAGGGCGUUGUCGCCUUUCGAGUAUGUCGGUCGUCAUGCUUUACGUCUCACGUCAUGCCUGGUGCGUGGGUAGCUUUUGGCAAGGCAUUGAACGUGUUUGGAAUGCUGCUCAUUUUUGGUUUCCCCGUUGGAAUCUUCAUCUUCCACGUGGUGAGCGUCCGCAGACAGAGUCAGAUGGCCGAGUUGAGCCCAGCCAAAGAUAUCGAUGAGGUGGCAGCGAAGGGGGACGGACUCGUAGAGCAGCAGCAGCAGCGACGCGUGGUCGACCGCUUGUUGCUUCGCAGGGACCAAUGCAUGAAUCGAGGAGUCCAUCUGUCGACCAAUUCGAUUGUGGACUCGUCGAAAGCGUUGUUUUCGCACAUCCGGCUCGGGUCCAAGCAGAAUUCGAGUAGCGCCAUGCUCGCGGAAGACGGGGGAGGCUACAUGCUGCAUUCGGACGCCCCCACCACCAUCCUAGGCAACAACUUUGUCAUCCCCAAGGAAGGAGAGGCCGACGACCACGAAGAGUCCAAAGAAGAUGUCCUUCGGCGGUAUUGUGACUUGACAAAGUUGAGCGCAGGGAGUACGAACGGCGCGUUUGUUGUGCGGAUGAACUCGCAAACGUACUUGGAAACCAUGCAUCGAGGCACAUUGCCGCUUAUCUUUUGCAUCAUGGGGGGCAUCGUGGUGGCGUCGCUGCUUCUGGCUUUGUACCCACUGCAACUCACGUCAACGGUUGCGCGGCUCCAGCCAGGGGACUUGGCGUAUUUCAAUUGCUCUGUGAACGUGACAGAGUGUACAGCGUUCGAGUGGAUCGUGUUGGACGCAUCGAAUCGCACGGCGCAUCGGAUGGCGUUCACGUCGGACCAGCUCCCGAAAGCACCCGAUGUGUUGCGCAUUCAAAUGAACGUGGAAAACACUACCCAGAAACAAACCCCCGGGGCGUACGUCCUGGGCAACUACCGCCUCAGCGUGUGGGCCGAGGGCGAAGCCAAGCCGAUCGUGUCGCAGUACGUGAAUCAACUGGUCACGACCUGCUCGUGUGUGGACAACCAGUGCCGGGACGUGUCUUGCUCGACGAUCCCACUGGUCGGGGUCAACCUCAAGAGGUUUAGCGCGUCGCUGUACGACCUGCGCAGCCAGCGAUACAUGAUCGAAUUGGACAUGGACACGUCCGAGAGUACCCUCGUGAACUCGACGUUUCCCGCGUACUCAUUGCACGUGGAGCUGCUGGAAAAUCCGUACGAAAUGACCGGCCUUGCGGUCCAGUGUAUCUUGGGCUGCUUCAACAUGGCGUACUUGGUUCAUUUUGUCUACUCGAUCAACGCUCAUUACGCCCGACGACACCCCACGGCGGCGACGGACGUGCCGAUUCCGCGGCGGUGGGUCUACCACUUGAGUUUGGAGCGCAAGUUGCUCGUGAUGAUCUUGCUGGCGCUGGCAAUUGCAAACAAUCCGUUUAUGAUCACACUCACGUUGCCGUUCUUCGGUCCUCCUGGCCCCGCCUACCUCGUCUUCCGAAGCGUGUGGGAGACUGUCGUGUACGUGACCGUGCUUGGCUCGCUCCUCACUAUCAUCGACUCCUACCGGAAAGACAGCAAGCUGUUCAAGAAUGGCGCGUCCAUUUCCAUCGUGGGCACCCGCUUUGUUCUGUCCAAGCUAUUUGUCGUACUGUUGCUCUUAGCGCUCCGCUUGUCGGUGAUCCUCGCGAUUGAGUCUAGCUUUGACGAGACGGUGAACAUUGACCAGUGGAUUUCCACGGUGGACUUGGCGCUGGUUGCUGUCGGCGUCACGGCGCUCGUGGGGGUCGUUGUGCACGUCCACCAAGUGCUCGACCGCCAACGCUACAGCGAAACACGAUACCUGUCGCUCAACUUUCGGUACAUCACCGUCGUGACGUACGCGAUCCUGGCCGUGCUGCUCAUCAAUUUGGUCUUUUUCAGCGCGUACGCCCAAGUGUCAACGUACAAACCCACCGCCCUCCGCACGUCCACGACGGUUUCGGCAGUGUCGUUCUCCGUUCUCAUUUGUCUGGCCGCGGUUGCGUUCUAUCCCCCCCGCAAGCCGCAGCAAGGCCAAGUACCACGCGGUUACGUCAUUCGUGAGAAGCGACAGUUUGCCACCACCCCGACGGGCCUCUCGCCUGUCGCCGGCAGGGGGACGACCCCUCCCCGGCCAACGGACCCCACCCCUCUGCGUCCCCGUGACGUGUUCUUCCGCCCCCCCGUGAACAACAUCCCCCUCCGCUCCAUGCCCGCGUUCCGGGCCAAGCCGAUUUCGACGCCGCAUCACAUUUUCUGCAUCGAAACGGCGUGUCUCAUGUACAACUGCUCCCGUCACGCGUACGAUCGCCCGGCGUUGUACCAACCGACCGACAUGGACGACACUGGCGCCCCGCUCCACCCCCCGUCGGCGUACGUGAGCUCGGCGGCGCUGUUCCGCGAUAACCUGCGGGAGGUCGCGCACAUCCACGACCCGGAAACCGAUACGAACUGCUUGGUGCUGCAGAGCGACCGGAAAAUCAUCUUUGCUUUCCGAGGCACGGCCAGCACGACCAACGUCAAGACGGACUUGAAAUAUGCACUGGAAGCCGUGCCGUGGACAUCGUCGACGCCACAUCCUCAGGGCGAGUCGGGCGCGGGGCACGCCCACAGCGGAUUCUUCCAUGCGUAUAUGUCUGUUCAGAAGCAACUACAUGACGCGAUGCGAACAUUGUUGGAGGAAUACAGCGUGCGCGGCUUGCCACCGGACACCCACGUGCAAAUCUACUGCACCGGACACUCCCUCGGCGGUGCGUUGGCCACCCUGGCGUCGCUGGACUUCAAAUUGACGUUUGGACACCGCGUGAUCAUGUACAAUUUCGGCAGUCCCCGCGUCGGCACGCACAAAUUUGCGCGGUUCUACAACCAAGAGAUUCCGCUGGCGUUCCGACUCGUGAACGAAGGGGACAUUGUCGUGGGCAUGGUGCAAACCGUGUCCACCAACUGCUUUGGCCAAUCCAAGAAGUUUUACAGACAUGUGGGCACCGAAGUCGUGCUGGACGGACGCGUGAAUGGCGACUUUAUCGUACGCCCGACGUUCACGGAGAAGAACCUGAUUGUCGAAGUCCGGCGCAAGGCGGCGCGGCAUUUCUUGAACGGGUACAAGCGCAACUUGGACGCGAUCAUGGACAGUGUGCUGGAAACCGAAACGCGUUUGGGGGAACUGCAUGUUCAGACCGAGCUCGAGAAAGCGCUCUAUGGCGGACUAGACGGUCGCAAUGCCGAGUGGCACCUCGCGGAUAGUAUUCCCGACCCAUUACGUACCGGAUGCAAUCAAACGAACGAGCCAAGCGACGCUCAAGACGAGGACGAGUAUUUUAUCUAAAACAACUGGCGAAUACAGUUUGCAAUGUGGUUACAUUUGAAAGAGCUA